AUGACGUUGUUACGAGCGAGAACGCGAAGCGGUCCGUUGGCGUUCCAUCAACGCACCGUUGCAUUUUGGCCGUUCUGUCGCGUUUCAAUUUACAGAGCUAACAUGCGCGUUAGUGUGUUGCUUGCUUCGCGGAUGCGAGGAGAAGAAGAAGAGGAACGAAUGAAUGAAACGGGAUAUCCGGAUCUGGAAGAACUUGAACAACCCGCUGUCUUUCAUCCUUAUCCUCCUAAUACUUCUCAUCAUCCUCAUCAUCCUCAUCAUCAUCCUGUUGUUGAUUCAAAUCCAAGCUCCAUUUACAACAACAACAUGAAGGUAAGAAAUAUUGGUGCUGUUUCUAACAACAACAUGUUACAGUUUGGUUGCUUGAACACGAAUAUUUGUCCCGAGGUAAUGGGUUCAUCAGGGAGGGCAGAUUUCUUGAUGCAGAAAGGGUCUCUAAUGGCGGCAAUUGAAGGAGGAGGAGGAAGAAGAGAGUCGUUGGGAGGUGGGAAUUUUAACAGCUGGGGAGAUUCUAUUGCUGCUUCUGCUGCUGUUGUUGCUGCUGCUGCCAUGGCUGAUAAUAAUAGCCAACAGACUGACACUUCUACAGAUGUCGAUACUGAUGAUAAAAACAACCAUCAUCAUCAACAACAGGCCAAUAGAGGCCAGUUCGACUUGCAUGCGGUUGUGGAUUCUGAUCAACAGAUGAGGAGAACGGGGGAUCAAAAGACUCUUCGAAGGCUCGCUCAAAACCGAGAAGCUGCUAGGAAAAGCCGAUUACGAAAGAAAGCUUAUGUUCAACAAUUGGAGAAUAGUCGUGUUAAGCUUAACCAGCUUGAGCAAGAGGUUCAUCGAGCAAGGAAUCAAGGAUUGUUUGCAUCGCCUAACGGGCUCUCAAUUGAUCAAGUUGGUUCGCCGGUUGUAGGAAAUGGAGGUGGAGGAGCGAUGGCGUUUAAUGCGGAUUAUGCACGUUGGCUUGACGAACAACUUCGGAUGAUCAAUGAAUUAAGAUCAUCCUUGAGUUCUCAAGUUGGGGAAUCGGAUUUAAGGCUUUUGGUUGAUGGAGUAAUUUCACAUUAUGACGAUCUUUUUAGGUUAAAAGGAAUAGCUUCCAAAGCCGAUGUCUUUCACAUUCUCUCUGGAAUGUGGAAGACACCAGCCGAGAGGUGUUUCAUGUGGUUGGGUGGAUUUCGUUCGUCUGAACUCUUAAAGAUACUCGGGAACCAGCUGGAACCGUUGACAGAUCAGCAAUUGGUCGGAAUAUGUAAUCUGCAGCAGUCGUCUCAACAGGCGGAAGAUGCUUUAUCCCAAGGUGUGGAGGCUUUGCAACAAUCACUGCUCGAAACUCUUUUGCCUAGCUUGGGUCCUAGUGGGGGUUUAGGAAAUGUAGCCGAUUAUAUGGGACAAAUGGCUAUUGCCAUGAGCAAACUUUCGACUCUCGAGAAUUUCAUCCAUCAGGCGGACCUAUUGAGGCAGCAAACAUUGCAACAAUUGCAUAGGAUCUUGACAACCCGACAAGCGGCUCAUGCUCUUCUUGUCAUAAACGACUACAUGGCUAGGCUUCGAGCCCUUAGCUCUUUAUGGUUGGCCAGGCCGAGGAAUUGAGGUAAAAAGAACACCAUGUAUAGUGGUAGUAACUUUUGUAGGUCUUUUUUUCUUUUUAGAACACUUGCUUAUUAUUAUGUUGUUUUGAUUAUGCCACAAUAUAUCCAAUUAUGGGAAUCAGUUGUAUAUUUUAGAUUGAAGUUUGAUGGAAGUUUUUUUUCAUGGAAUCUUUGAAUUUCCAGAAAUCAUAGGAGAUCAAUCUUUGCCUAUGUUUUCCUUCUUAUGUUGACAAUAUAAAAAAACCCU